AUGUCAGGCCUGUCCCUGAUGUCCGGUCCGAAUUGGCCAGUUCGGAGAUAUGAAAUCAUCGUCAAGAAGGGCGGAGCACCUUUGGGCCUCAAGCUGCACCAGACCAAGAGCAGAAGAGGCGUCUAUGCCAACGGUUUCGCGGAAGGACCGUACCCCCCCCCCGGACCACAAGCAUGCAUGCGUGUCGGGGACGUACUGGUGUCGGUAGACGGGAAGAGCGUCGAGGGUGCAACGCUACCUGUGGCUCUCGCCGCCAUCGAGACCGCGCGGCGAAGGGACCGCCUCCGAGACUUCAUCACUGCUAAGCAGGAUGACCCUCGCAAGGGAAACGUCGUGAUGGUUUUCGAGCGCGUCUCGCCCCGACUCACCUUCAGAGACAUCGCAUUGGACCCCCGCAAGGUGGUCUAUCUGUUGAACUACAUGCUAGAGGUGCGUUGUGCGGGAACCGGAGGGGUCGGCGGAAGCAGCAGCAGCAGCGGUGGCGGCGAUGGCAAGAAGGAGGCCGUGAUCAUCAGCCUGGAUGAGGCCCGGCUCAUGUUCUGGCUGGAGGUGCAGGUGCUGUUCGAGAUGUCGGCGGUGAUGGCUCCGAGCAGAGACGACAUGAGCAAGGUCUACGACAAGUUCUUCCGGCCAGGGUCGGGCUUCUACGUCCACGAGUUGACAGACACGCGACAGGCGAAGAUUAGAACGCGGAGGUCCUGGGACGGAGACGUGUCCGGCUUGCCGAGUGUGGGUCGUAAAGCUGAUCCCUCCGCUAAGACAGCCAAGGAAGUCGCGCAGCCACAGCCACAAGCCGCAGCGUCAUCGGGCAGUGGUUCUGGGGGUGUGGCGUCGACUGCCGGAACCGGCCCGGCAGCAUCGUCAUUGCCCGGCGUCGGGGGAGGGGAGGGCUUGGACGCAAUCACCACCGCCUCCGCAGCAGCCGGAGAUGGACAAGAAGGCAAGGGUGGAGGAGGAGGAGGAGGGAACAUUGAGGCUGGAGAACCGCCGUCAUCGGCAGACCCUCCUCCCGCCCCAGCAGCAAGAAGCAGCACCGAGGGCGGAGGCAGCGACGUUUCGGCGAAACAUGGCGCGGAAGCAGGGGAGAAUGGCACGAGGGAGGGAAGCGGUGGGACGAAGCCGGCCGUAGGAGCGCGGGACUGGGUUUCCCUGCCCGUGGAGUUUCUUGCGGCAGACCUGUCCAAGAUUUUCCGGGCCUCUCAGGAGAAGGUGGAAGAAACUCUGACGGCGGGAUGCUUCUACCGGUGA